CUAUGUGAAAGCAGAGAUGCAGCUGCCACCGCAUCAGCUGCAUGCACCCGUGCGGUCCAAUAUCGUCCAGGUAUCAGUCAAUCAGGAUGGCAGCUUGUUCACGACUGCCGAGCUAUCAGGCUGGUCAGUCUGGCAGACUUCACCUCUUCAGCUCAUCUCCCGCAGAGAUUUCCCCCAAGGCUCGCUCAAGCUGGUCGUGCCAUUACACCGAACCAACUUGAUCUGGCUCGUCGGUGGACCGCCCAGUCCGCUGUACUCGCCCAACAAGGUCAUCAUCUACGACGAUAAUCAAGCUCGCCCUAUCCUUGCCUUUGAAUUCUCAGAAACGGUCAGAGCAGUCCAAGUGAGGAGAGACCGCUUCGUUGUCGUGCUCAGACGACGAGUCAUCCUCUUCGCCUUCAACGUCAUCAGCGGCAAGACAAUCGACGUCUGGAGGGAGGGCGUCUACCCCACCAUUGACAAUCCACAAGGUCUGGCGGCAUUGGCCUCUGGUGAAGGCGCCACAUUGCUCGCAUUCCCCGGUCGACAGCCUGGGCAUGUCAACAUUGUCAAUCUACCUGCACUCGAUAGCAAGCGAGCAUUGCAAGCUCCUCCGCCAGGCUACGACUCCACACUCGGACCGCCCUACCCCUCCAUUUCGAUCAUUGUAGCGCAUCGAACUCAUCUCGCCUGUCUCGUAUGCUCAUCAGAUGGAGCACGACUAGCCACUGCAUCGAGUAAAGGCACACUUGUCAGAAUAUGGGACGUAGCAACUGCUCGAGCGCUGCACGAACUCCGUCGCGGAACAGAUGUGGCCACCAUUUUCAGCAUGCGCUUCAAUCCCGAUGCUAGUCUGCUUGCUCUGAGUAGCGACAAGGGUACGAUACAUAUAUGGCACAUUGGCGAUGUCAAAGGAAAGUCGAGAGCAGUAGAAACAGACCAGCAAGCGAAGCUAGAUAUGUUCAGACCGUACCUACCUCGCUACUUUUCUUCGGCCUGGUCGUCUUGCCAGUACCGUCUUCCCGUCGAUGCGCCGCCGCCCUCUCGUAAGCUGCCAAAGCUACCGAAGACGCCCUCUGCACUCCGGAGCGCGUCUACUGAUCCUGUCAAGCAAGAGGCCGCUUUGAUCGCAGCAGAAUCUGCAGCGAGGAAGAAAGAAGCAAGAAUAGAAGCCAAGCUGGCCAGACUUUCGCUCGAAGACGAAGUCAGCCACUGUAUCUGGCCGCAAGCCCAAUCGAACUCGCCGGAGCUCAUUGUCAUCACUCAUGCCGGUCGAUGGUUCAGACUUGCCCUACCCUCGCCGGCCCAAGAGGACACGGCCGAGACAGCAACAGACUGUCGUUUGCUCGAGUAUCACAAGCUCGCAGAGACGAGCGCUUGGGCAGCAUUCGCUUAGUAUCAUCAUCAGUGUCAUUUGUCGUCGUUGUAACAUCAUCGCAUAGCCAUGUCAGAGUCGGUGCCAUACCAUAUCAGUCAGAACAUAGACCAUCAACUCCCUCGUCUGAUGAGAUUGACCGACCCGCGGGGCGUUCGACCAAGCCCUCCUGGGCAGCAGCGGAGCUCAAACACCACGCAACAGGCGACAUUGAGCGAUACGAUCCAGACGCAGUCACAACACAGGACGAUCAGCUUAAGAUUAGAAUGGUUCGUACGCCCGCUGGUGGGAUGGAGUAUCGAUCAAGCGAGCCAAGUUUGAGGCGAGCGCUGCGAGUCGG